AUGGGAACACUGGCACUGCAUACCAUCCCCUUCCUCCUAUUAUCUAUCGGUCUUCAACCUGGAAUUCGCUUGGCCACUGAAUCUGAUAAUCAAGAAUUGAAUUACUUGAAAUUUGUAUUUGAUGCCACUGAAUUCUCCUCCUCUGAAGAAUAUGAUUACAUAGUGGUUGGAGGGGGCACAGCAGGCUGCCCUCUGGCUGCCACUUUAUCAACAAAUUACUCUAUUCUACUACUUGAAAGGGGUGGUGAUGCUCAUGAUAACCCCAAUGUCAUACGUCAAGAGAGGAUUCUAUUGUCCCUCCUUGAAGCUGACGAUAAGGACUCGCCUGCUCAGGGUUUCACUUCAGAGGAUGGCAUACAAAAUGCAAGAGCCAGGGUCCUAGGCGGGGGCAGCAUGAUAAACCUUGGUUUCUACUCGAGAGCUGACCAGGACUUCUAUAUGUCAUCAGGCAUAAAAUGGGACAUGGCAGUUGUUAACAAUUCAUAUGAGUGGGUUGAAGAAAGUAUUGUUUUUCGCCCAAUUCUAGGUUCCUGGCAAUCUUCUGUGAAAGAAGCCCUGUUAGAAUCUGGUGUUGGUCCGGAUAAUGGAUUUACUCUAGAUCAUUUGGAGGGAACUAAAAUUGGCGGCUCCAUAUUUGAUAGAAUGGGUAGGCGGCAUGGGGCUGUGGAGCUCUUAAAUAAAGCCGAGCCCAAGAACUUGCGAGUGGCAAUUCAUGCCACGGUUGAGAGACUCAUCUUCACCUCUUCAAAGUCAUUGGGCUUGUCUGCUGUUGGAGUCAUUUAUCGUGAUUCUAAGGGCAGGUUUCACGAGGCUCGAGUGCGUGGUAGAGGAGAAGUAAUUCUUAGUGCUGGGGCUAUUGGUAGUCCUCAAGUUUUGCUACUAAGUGGGAUCGGGCCAAAGCAGUAUUUGUCAUCCAUGAACAUCACAGUCGUCCACCACCAGCCUUAUGUUGGACAAUUUAUGCAGGACAUUCCCCGGAAUGGUAUUAACUUUGUGGCCCCAUUUGCAAUGGCAGAAGCAGAAUUUGGAAGUCAGGUGGUAGGAAUAAUAAGAGAUGGCACCUAUGUUGAAUCCUUAUCUGGUGUCAUCCCAUUUUACUCCCCUGCAGCUAGCCCUAUACUUUUUCCAGACCCGUCUCCUCCUGUAAAUAUCUCAGUGAUGACUAUUGUGAAGAAGAACCCCAGACCACGUUCAACUGGUUUGCUUCAACUAGCGUCUCCCACCAACAUAAUGGUCAGUCCAAUUGUCCGGUUCAACUACUUUGCUAACCCUUUGGACCUACUUCAUUGUGGCAAUACAAUGCGCAAUGUUGGAAAGAUGUUGAGGACCCGUGCAAUGGAGCAAUAUAAGUUCCGAGACACGGAUGGCACAAAGUAUUUCAAAUUUGUGGGGUGGCCUUUGCCUGGAAACGAGUCAGAUGAGGUAGUGAUGGAAAGUUUCUGCCGCAAGACACUGACCACGUAUUGGCACUACCAUGGCGGAUGUUUGGUUGGUAAAGUGGUUGAUGAUGCUUUUAGAGCUAUUGGCAUAAACUCACUACGAAUUGUUGAUGGCUCCACUUUCAGAGUCUCACCAGGGACUAAUCCUCAGGCAACCCUUAUGAUGUUAGGCCGGUAUGUUGGCCUCAAAAUGCAAGAGGAGCGAAUGUCUUAGCUAGGCCUCAAAAUACAAACUCAUUCCUCAAGACAUGCUUGCUUGCUUUGUAAUACAGUACUACUGUAGUUUCUUGUAAUAAAAGGCCUCAAAAAAUAAUAAGAUCGAAACUGGUGCAUUUUGGAGGCUCCUGUAUCCCCCAACUUGUAUAAG